AUGGAACAUUCAUGUGCAUUGAAUAUCCCAUCGAUAAUACCUAGAUGUAUUGAAAAUGAACUAACUUUGGAGCACCUAUCAUCAUCUCACAAAAACUCAGAAUGUAAUGUUGAACUUGAUGAAAAGAAAUUUAUUGCUGAGUCUUAUUUAAACAAUGAAACUUCUAAUAUGAAAUGCGAGAUAUUAGAUUCACGAGCUAGAUCAGGGAAAUUGAACAUUGAUAACGAUGAUGGUGAUGUUGAACAUGAUCAUAGAGAGGAGUGGAAUAAUCAGUUUGAUUUCUUUCUAUCAAUUCUUGGUUAUGCUGUUGACUUAGCAAACGUUUGGCGAUUUCCAUAUGUUUGUUUUACAAAUGGUGGCGGAGCUUUCUUGAUUCCGUACUUCAUUGUGAUGAUUUGCAGUGCAACACCAAUGUUCUACUUAGAAUUAAUAUUAGGCCAGAAACAUCGUCGUGGAGCUGUUUCUCUUUGGGAUAUAUGUCCUAUGUUUCGAGGUGUCGGUAUAGCUCAAGUGAUUAUAUCUUAUAUUGUGGCAUUCUAUUAUAAUACAAUAUCUGCAUGGUCAUUAUACUUUUUAUUUGCAUCGAUCAGUGAUAUUCUACCAUGGACUUAUUGUGAUCAACGACGAGGCAACAGUGUGAAUUGCGUCAAUUUUACAUAUUUACACAAUUUGUCAAGUACAAUUUCUUCUGUCAAUGAUGGAAAUGAUUUAUUACAAUUGAAAAAUUAUAGUCUUGCAUCAAUUGAAUAUUUUGAGCGUGUUGUCUUGAAAUUACAACAGAGCACAGGUUUAGAAGAUCUUGGACCAAUGAGAUGGCAAUUAGCAGGAUGUACAAUAUUGAUUUUUAGUAUAUUGUUUGCAUCAAUGAGAAAUGGAGUGAAAACAUCAGGCAAAGUUUGGGCAAAUGCAGCUAUUCAAAUAUUUUUCUCAACUGGAGCAGGAUUUGGUGCACAUAUAGCUUAUGCAACGUAUAAUCCUAGACGGUACAAUUGUUACAGAGAUUGUUUGAUUACAUCAUUUGUGAAUGCAUUAACAAGCAUAUUUGCCGGUGUUACUGUAUUCGCCUAUCUUGGCUAUUUAGCUCAUCUUACUCAUACUACAGUACAAACUGUAACAGGAGAAGGUCCAGGAUUGGUAUUUCAAGUUUAUCCAUUCGCCAUAGGAACUUUACCACUGGCACCAUUAUGGGCGACAAUAUUCUUUCUGUUAUUGAUCAUGUUGGGAUUAGAUAGUGGGAUGGGUGGAUUAGAAUCUGCCGUCACUGCAUUAACUGAUAUUGUGCCAAAGAAAUAUUCACGUUACAAACAUUUACGACCUAUCAUUACAUUGGCUGUAAUUGGUUCAGCUUGUUCAGUCGCUUUUGUUAAUGUGACCAGUGUUAUGAUAGUCAGUUCACUGACAGAUCCUACACCAUUACAAUAUAAUUAUGGCGCAAAACACCCGGAAUUAUCAACUAAUUAUUCCGAAGUAGUGAAUAUUACACUGCAUGGAACUUCACAAUUUUAUAUUUAUCCAAAAUGGUCAAUUUAUCUAGGUUGGACUAUGAGUGGAAUAUCAAUUAGCAUGAUUCCGCUAGUAUUUUUGAUUGUCCUAAUGAAAAACGGUUGUAGAAUCAAGUUACAGAUCAGUGAAAUUUUCUCAAUGGGACCACCUGAUGUAUGGCCACUCAAGAAACGACACAAUAUACUUGAUCGAUAUUUCAACCGAAGAAGAGGCAUUGACAAGAAGUAUACGGACAAAAUCGAUGAAGACAAGAACAUAGAAAGUGAUCAUUUUGAGACUGCAAAACAAGAUAAUCAAAUUGAGACCUAAUGAUUAUCAACAUAUAUAUAGUGAUACAUAAUAAGC